GCUUUGCUGGUUGCUCCUUUCCUUCCCUUUCCUUGAACUAGGGCUGAAUACUUCUAGGUUACCACUUGAAAAAUGUCCAAGAAAGUUGUUACGAGAAUAGAGCUCUUGGACCGAUGGAGGGCCAUUGAAGAAGAAGACGACGAUGAGAACGAAAUCGAUCACUCCAAACAACGUCACCUCCGUCAUCUUAAAGAAAUAUGGUUCACAGAUGCAUUCAACUUCCUGAUAUAUCUUUCUAGAGAAGAUCAUAUAUGGUGUGGCUCCUGGGAUAUAAUGGGGCCGCUUCUAGAAACAUUCUACAAUUACUCUAAGGAUGAUCGUCAGGAUUCUCCUCUCAAGCUUCUGUGGAAAAGAAUUUCUGAAGAAUUACAAGGUUGCAUGCAAUGCAUUUGUCAACAUCAUCAAGCCAAGGACACAUAUGCCAUGGAAUAUGAGUUGAGUUCAAUUGGGCCCCUUCUUGAUGUUUUAUGCAGGCUAGAUGAAGAGAGGGUGACUAAUCAAUUGAAGGAGAUGAACACAAGGAUAGCAGGGGGGAAGUAUGAUCCGUUGAAAGACAAUGCAAAAGUUAUCAGCGUCAUGUAUGAGGUGUUGAUGUUUCCCGUCUUAUUGGAUGACCAAUCCUUGGUCACCGAGUUUCAGAUAUUCAUCGAAGCAGUUGAUGAUUCUCAUGAACUCACUUUGGCUGGCCAUCAACAAUACCCGGGAGUUUAUGCGCUACUUUUCCUCAAGACCAGAAGGUGUCGUUCUAUAGGCUUCCGCUUGGCUGGAUACAUGGGAAAAUUGAGGAAUGCAGCAGAAUUGGAUCCUUUGCAGCCUUUGCUCAAGAAAUGUAUUGUAUUUCUAGAGACAGAAGUUGUGUCUCUAAAUGAGAGCUUAAGGCCAAGGAUGCAGCUGGAUCGAAUAACUGUAUGGCUUGGAAUCAAGGCACUGCUUGGGUUUCUAGAGCCUCAUGCAUUUGAAGAAGGGAUUUUGGAGCGUUAUCCCAGUUUUCUGAGUAUCGUGCUCAACCAUAUUUGUGAUGAUUCCAUCGAAUUUUCUUAUGCAAUCAAUUGCCUUAGACUACUUUUCGAUAUGCUUGGAUGCAAGCUCUGGUUGAGGGCAACACUAUCACCAAGUGUAAUGCGUGACACACUAUUGGGUCAGUGCUUCCAUACUCAAGAUGAGAAGAGCCACAAGGAAAUAUUUGAUCUUUUCCCACCUUUUCUCCAGUCUCUUGAGGCUUUGCAAGAUGGGGAACACAAAAAGCAACGCAGACAUUUUCUCUACUUUCUUCUACAUCAAGUGACUGUUAGUAGCAACUUCAGCUCUCUAAUGAGAAAAAAGGCCUGCCAGAUAGCUAUUCUCAUUAUUCACCGAGGUUACAAGAUGAAUCCUUCCUGUCCACCUUUUGAAUGUGCACACAUGUGGGGCCCUUCUCUUGUGGCAUCUCUUAAGGACUCCGCACUCUACAGUUCUCUUAGACAACCUGCUUUUGAUUUGAUCCAAACUGUUAUAGUCUCUGAUGCAUCUGCAUUAGUGUCGUCAGUUCUACACUGUCAAAAACAGAAAGGUGCUGAUAGGAAUAUCAUUGACUUCAAAGAUGAAGAUGACAAUGAAGACCUAUUUACAGAUGAUACAGAAGAAAAAGACGCCAGCUGUUGGAAUGAAUUUAGUGUGCAGAGUCAAACUACUUCAUUAGAAUUCGGGGUGUGGAUGUGCAUUCCGAUGCUAUGGUUUGAUGUUUUAGUUGAAAUUGAUCCUGCGAUUCUACCGGUGUCAUUUUCUAAGGCAGUUAUAUGGGCUUUAUCUCGUUUUUCUAUGGUUGAACCAGAAACUAGCACUGAAAUGGCUCUUCCAGUUGGACGUUGGUUGACCACACGUGUGCCAGAGGUAUCACAUCUAUUUGGGUGGAGGACACCAUCUGGUUCUGAUGAUGGUGGGGAUGGAGAAGAGUCAAAGAACUCGGUAAAGGUCAAAGCAAUGUGCAUCCCAUUAAUCAGAACUUUCAGGAGGUUAACAUCUUAUUUUAUUACAAGAAUGGAGCAAGGUGAGCUUUGGAAGCAAUGGACUUGGGAACCAAGGAUGGGUGAAAGCUUAAUCCUUUUGCUUGUUGAUCCUGAUGAUAAUGCAAGGCAAGUUGGCAGGCGUAUUCUUGAACAAGUAGCAAACACACGUGGCCUUCUUUCUUGUUUGCAGUUUCUGUGCUCAUGCUCGGCUUCAAUAUCAGCAGCGCUUCUAGGGCUGAGACAUGCUGGGGAAUUGCUUGUGUUGGAUUUGGUGCUGCAAAGAUUUCAGAACUUGCACCAUUACUUUUUUGUACUAUGCAAACUACUUACGGAAGGGGUAAAAUCUGGCCAAAGUGAUGACCAUGGUAAUUUAAAGUUCUCAUCUCAAGGUGGAUUUCUACAGCAGCCCGUAUUUGAUUCCAUGGCUAUUAACAUUGAUGGAAACUCAUCAAAGUUUGAUUCCGUACAUUGGAAACAGUUUAGUUGCCUAUUAUCAGAAGUUGCAUGGCCAUCUUAUUGCAAAUGCUUGUCUGAAGGGAAGGCAUUCGUUGACUACAAGAUCUCACAGAUGACCUGUAUCCGGUUACUUGAGAGCUUACCUGUUGUUCUCCAAAGGAUCCAGCAAUCUAUGCACAUAAUACCGGGAGAUUCAGAUACUUCGAUAGUGAAUUCAUUUGGCUAUAAAUGGCUUCAUGAUUUGAUGUACUGGGGGAAGUCUACACUUGCUGUUGUAGUUCGGUAUUGGAAGCAAACAGUGCUUUCUUUGGUUGAUCUACUUAAGGAGUCGUGUAAUGAUAAAACAUCUGCUAUCAUGGCCAUUGAGAAACUUAUUCAAUAUGAAAACAUUCCGAUUGAUGAACUUACUGAGCAGGUAUCAUGCCUUUCUGUUUCAUUAAAGAGCAAUGCCAAUGGACCUUCUAAUGCGUAUGAAAAAAUGAACUUUAAAGCCACAUUGUUGCAAUCUGAGGGCUUAUUGGACAAAAGGAAGUAUUCCACUGAAAAACUAGAAGCUUUUCCCUUGGAGGAUUUAAAUUUGCAGAUUUCAGAUUCUGCUUUUGGUGCCAAAACGGAGAGAGAGAGUGUGAUAAUUCUUUCAGAUGAUGAGAUCGAUGUAAAAGAUUACAUUGACACUGUGAAUGUUCCUGAUGGUGGAUCAAGUAAAUCAUUAGUAGAUGGUGAAGCUAUGGGUUCACGAACUACUGAAAAAGCUUCACAAAUUAAUGCAGCUAGGAACAGUUCUUCUGUUGCAGCUUCAACAACACAGAUCAAGGAUUUGGUUCUGUCAGAUGAUUAUGGCGCCAUAGGAUUGAGGGAACGGAAGCUGGAAGCAGAGAAUAAUGUGGACAGAAUAAGACCAUCUUCUGUGGUCCAAGGGGAAUCUGUUCAAGGCAGAAGUAAAGAAAAAUCAUCUGACAUUCAGAAGAAAUCUUGUUUGACGAAAUCUUCCCUAGAAAAUCUUAGUUUCAAAAUGGACAAUUCAGUUUCGAUCCAGCGUGCAUCUGGUUUGAAGAAUGUGUCUAAUGAAAUUAGGUCUUCGAGAAGUAUGGAUAACCAAGGCAUAAAAAAGGUUUCAGCAAAGACCGAUAGGGUCAUCAAGGAGUUGGUAUUUGAUGCCAAAGAUGAUCCAUGGGAAUUUGCAUUAAAAUCUGCAAGGCAUCAUCAAUCACACCUGGCAAAACUGAACACUGGUGGUACAAAACGCCAAGUCAUUCAACUGAACUUAGCAGUUGAAAACAGAGUUUCCCAAUCAAACAGGCUGCGAGGUGGACAUCAGAGGUUCAAACCUCUAAGGCUAGAUGAUUGGUUUAGACCUAUCCUGGAGAUGGAUUAUUUUGCUACAGUAGGGUUAUUAUCCUCAGCUGCAGAGAAGAAUCAAACUGCUGGGACGUUGAAGGAGAUUCCUGUUUAUUUUCAAUCUCCUGAUGACUAUGUGGCAGUCUUCCGCCCAUUGGUGCUAGAAGAGUUAAAAGCGCAGCUACAUAAUUCAUUUGCAGAGAUGUCUUCUUCAGAUGAGAUGUCCUGUGGAAGUCUGUCUGUGAUGUCUGUAGAAAGAGUUGACGACUUUCACGUUGUUCGCUGUGUUCACGAUGACAGAGACUUGGAAGGCUCCAAGAGCUGUGUAGAAAAUGAUCUCAUAUUGCUUACAAGACAGCCUUUUCAAAAUUCUUCCCAUGAUGUUCACAUGGUUGGAAAGGUAGAAAGAUGCGAGAAAGAUUAUAAAAGAAGAUCAAGCAUAAUAAUGAUCAAGUUCUAUCUUCAGAAUGGAUGUUCUCGUCUAAAUCGGGCCAAAAAACUCUUAAUGGAACGAAGCAAGUGGUACAUUCAUCGCAUCAUGAGUAUCACUUCCCAACUAAGAGAAUUUCAGGCACUGUCUUCGAUACAUAGUAUUCCUCUGCUUCCCACAAUCUUAAAUCCUAAUGACCAACCUAAGGCUGUCAAAUCGAGGAUGGAUCUCAGUAAACUGUCCCAACCUUUACAGCAGAUUCUUGAAUCGUCAUUUAAUGACUGUCAAUUGCAAGCUAUCAGUACUAUCAUCAGACCUGUGGACUUGAGAAAUGACCAUGAUCUAUCCCUAAUUCAGGGUCCUCCAGGUACUGGGAAGACCAGGACAAUUGUGGCCAUUGUCAGUGCUUUGCUUUCCUUAAGUGGAAGGAAUGCUGGAAGGACUGAAGUUGGUGUUUUGAAACCUAGCAAUACUUCUCUCAUGAAUAAAGUGCGGAUAAGUCAGUCUGCUGCAAUUGCUCGAGCCUGGCAGGAUGCAGCCAUGGCUAAACAAUUAAAGGAUGAUGAUAGUAAAAGCUCUAGUGUUACUGCUAGUCACAUAAGAGGUAGGGUUCUUAUUUGUGCACAAUCAAAUGCUGCAGUUGAUGAACUGGUGUCCAGAAUUUCCAGUCAUGGCUUAUAUGGAAAUGAUGGAUCAAUGUACAAGCCAUAUCUUGUUAGAGUUGGUAAUGCAAAGACAGUUCAUCCAAGUUCUUUACCUUUUUUCAUCGACACCCUUGUUGACCAUCGAUUGACGGAGGAGAGGAUGGAUGUUGGUGAUGUGAAGAACGACACAGAUGGGGAUUCUUCAACUGUUCUUCGUUCUAAGUUAGAGAAGUUAGUGGAUCGUAUCCGGUUUCUUGAAGCCAAACGAGCUAAUUUAAGCAAUGGAAAUCCAGACUCAAAACAUUUUCUUGAAGGAGAUGCUGCCGUGAGUGAUGAUGUGAAGGAAAUGUCUGAUGCAGAAAUAGGGGCAAAGCUAAGAACAUUAUACAGUGACAAGAAAGCCGUCUACAUAGAUCUUGCCGCUGCUCAGGCACGAGAGAAAAAAGUUCAUGAAAAAAGAAAAGCUCUUAAACUCAAAUUGCGUAAAUCUAUACUGAGAGAAGCUGAAAUUGUGAUAACUACAUUGAGUGGGUGUGGUGGAGAUCUCUAUGCUGUGUGCUCCGAAUCUAUGUUGACUCAUAAGUUCAGUACUUCAUCCGAGUCUUCGUUGUUUGAUGCUGUUGUAAUUGAUGAAGCUGCUCAAGCUCUGGAACCUGCUACUCUGAUUCCUCUUCAGCUCCUAAAAUCAAAAGGGAGCAAGAGUAUUAUGGUUGGAGAUCCGAAGCAGCUUCCUGCAACUGUUCUCUCAGAUGUUGCAAGUAAAUAUCUCUAUCAAUGCAGCAUGUUUGAACGUUUGCAGAAGGCUGGUCACCCUGUUACUAUGCUUACGAAGCAGUAUAGGAUGCACCCAGAGAUAUGCCGGUUUCCUUCCUUGCAUUUCUAUGAUKGAAAGUUACUAAAUGGUGAUGGAAUGUCUAGCAAAGAAACACCAUUUCACAAGACUGAAGGCCUUGGGCCCUAUUUAUUCUUUGAUAUUGUGGAUGGGCAGGAGCUUCAUGGUAAGAACUCUGGGUCUCUCUACAAUGAGUGUGAGGCUGAUGCUGCAGUCGAACUUCUGAGGUUUUUCAGGAAGAGUUAUCCAUUAGAGUUUGUUGGAGGAAGGAUUGGCAUUAUAACUCCUUAUAGGUCUCAACUUUCCCUGUUGCGUUCACGUUUUUCGUCUGCCUUUGGGUCUUGUAUAAUGGAUGAAAUGGAACUUAAUACCGUUGAUGGUUUUCAAGGACGGGAGGUUGAUGUGCUUGUAGUUUCGACAGUUAGGGCAUCAGGACCAACUUCUGGAGCAAUGGAAAUGAACUCCAGAAGCAUUGGGUUUGUUGCUGAUGUAAGACGAAUGAAUGUGGCAUUAACGAGGGCCAAGCACUCCUUGUGGAUUUUGGGAAACAUGAGAACCUUGCAGACAAAUAAGAAUUGGGGAGCACUUGUAAAUGAUGCUAAGGAGAGAAAUUUGGUUUUAUCAGUUAAAAAGCCAUAUGUUUCAAUGUUUAACUUGCUAUUUAAGAAUAACCGGGUUUCUGAUAGCUCAAAUGAUAUUUCAAAACAGCUUAAGCCUAAGAAAAAAGGGAACGAGGUUAACAGACAUCCUGAAGAGAGGAAAAAGUUUAAUAUUUCUUCCGAGAGGAAAAGAGGGUACACUGGAGAUCAUAGUAAUGAUAGUUUGGGUGUGGAUAAGCAUGCUUUAUCACCCAUCAGGGAUAAUGAUAAAACAAAGAAAAGAGCAAAAAAGCAUUAUGAUUCAUCAGCAAAGAAGAGUACUGAAUGUGUAUAUACUGAAAGUAGUGUAAACAAAACACUCAAGGAUGUCAAGUUGGCCACUGAUGAACAUAGAGAGACGCAUGCUGGAAGUUGGGGUAAGAAAGGUGUUGAAAGACAAAGGUUUGAUAGAAAUGUUGCUGGGGAUAAGCCUUUGAAUGAAACUAUUCAACGAGAAGAAGGGAGUAGAUCAUCUGGUCAAGUAGAAAAACCCAUGGAUUCUAUUUGUAAAAGGAAACAACAAAGGGAAGCUGUAGAUGCUCUUCUUCCUUCAGCUUUUAUAUCCUCAAAGAAGCCUGAAUCUAAGUUGAAAUCAGUCCCAGAUAGAAGGUCUCGUCCACCAGUACGUCCUUCAGAUCAUGCAAUUAAACCAGCCAAGACAAGAAAAGGUUAAAAAAGCGGCAUUGGAAAGAGAAGUUAGUUGCUCAGCCAAUUCAUUAAGAUGGUGUGGAUACUAAAGCUGGUUUUGGGGGGGUGUUUGGCUUUAUUCCCAUCAUCAUACACUUUUUAACUGAAUGGGAUGACAGUUAACCUGUAAGUAGCAGUUAAUUAGCAAAUCUCUUCAUGUUCUUUUUCCACAUCUUAUCAAAGUAUUUCUUUCAUUUCAUUGCAGCAUGUUUUCAUACAAGUAUUAUUAUUAUUACCAUAAUAUAUAGUCUAUAGAUGUAUUAAUAUUUUGUUAGGCUGAA